AUGGCAGAGCCGUCCGCCUCCGCGUGUGCUCGCAUCGACGACUCGUUCGGACCCCAUGCCCUCGACUGUCGGGGCGGAUUCGACUUUACCUUGCUCUUUGAGGAGACUAUAUUGGGUAUCCUGCCGCAUGCCUUUGUGCUUCUCAUCCUCCCUCUGCGACUUUGGUUUCUAUGGCUUCGCACAAAGAAGGUAGAAUGUUCGGGGAUACACAUCGCGACGGUGAAAAUUACGGCCUGGGUUGCUCUUGCCGCCCUGAAUCUUGCCGCGCUGGUGCUCUGGACAAACCCCUCGGCCGUCUCGACGCGAGCCUCUGUGCCCGCCGCCGCCGUCAAAGCCGUCUCGGCACUCGGCUUCAGUCUGCUCUCGUACGCCGAGCACACCCGGACCGUCCGGCCAUCGUCCAUCCUGAGCGUGUUUUCGUUUUUCACCCUCUUGUUUGAUGUUGCCCUUGCAAGGACGCUUUGUCUGCGUGCCGAUGAUGAGAUUAAUGACACCAUUGGUUACAUCUCCAUCGCCGCUGUCGCAGUCAAGGCAUCGGUCCUGGUAUUUGAGGCCCUGGACAAGCGCCAGAGCUUGCGUCCAGCGUACCAGGGCUACCCGCCAGAAGCCACCAGCGGGAUUUACAACCGGGCCUUUUUUUGGUGGCUCAAUCCACUUUUCCGCAAGGGAUUUAAAAGGGUGCUGGAUGUCGACGAGCUGUUUGCGCUGGACAAGCAUCUCAUCUCAUCUUAUUGGGAGAAGCGAUUCUUGGCUGGGUGGUCUCCUGCUGCCGGCAAAUCGCCGUACUCUCUCUUAGUUUCCUCGUUUGUAAUCCUAAAGAGGCACUUGCUUCACACAAUUUUACCGCGUGCUUGUCUUACGGCUCUCAUCUUCUGCCAGCCGUUUCUCAUCAACCGUACAAUCUUGUUGACUGAAGAGCCCGUCAACAAUGACACGUCACAAGCUGGCUAUGGCCUCAUUGGCGCUUACCUCUUGGUUUAUGCCGGGAUUGCAGUUGCAAUGGGACAGUACCAGCACCGGACCUACCGCACCAUAACAAUGGUUCGGGCAGGCCUUGUCUCCAUCAUCUACCGGAAAACGGGCUCCCUGCAGCUCGGGGAUGUUGACCCCGCCUCGUCCAUGACGCUCAUGAGCGCCGACAUGGAGCGCAUUGUUCAGGGCUGGCAGACGAUGCACGAGAUCUGGGCGAACCUUAUCGAAGUCGCCGUGGCCAUCUAUCUUCUGGAGCAACAGCUCGGAGUUGCCUGUGUUGUCCCGGUUGCCGUGUCCAUUGUGUCACUGCUGGGAUCCAUGAUUGCCAUGAACUUCAUCAUGUCCCGCCAGGCCAUGUGGCUUGAGGCGAUUGAGCGGCGCAUCUCGGCUACGUCGGCCAUGUUGGCCUCAAUGAAGGGCAUCAAGAUGUGCGGCCUGAAGGAUACGCUCAUCAACAGCCUCCAGGCGCUGCGCGUUGACGAACUCCACAUUUCAAAACGGUUCCGGAAGUUACUCAUCUGGAAUAUGGUUUUUGCAUAUGUGACACAGGUCUUCGCUCCUGUCUUGACGUUUGCCGUCUUCUCGGUCCGGGCCCGGGACACCGGCGAUAUGACGCUCGAUACGGCACGCGUGUUCACCUCGCUCUCCUUGUUUGCCCUUCUCUCGGAGCCCCUGGCAUCACUCGUCAUGUCACUGGCAACUUUUCUCGGUGCCGCGGGCAGCUUCACCAGGAUCCAGCAGUUCCUCCAGUCCUCCGAACGUGUUGACACGCGUAAACUCACAAAGUCCGCGGCCGACGCCAUCAAGGUCGAAGGGGCUGCAUUCUCAUGGGAUGCCACCAAGGAACCCCAGCUCAUUGGUGUGACAUUGACCAUUCCCUGGAAGAAACUUACCAUGAUUGUCGGCCCCGUGGGCUGCGGCAAGACCACGCUCUUGCACGCUCUUCUGGGUGAGAUUCCCCUGCUGGAGGGCUCUGUGAAACUGGGCUCCAGGAGCAUCGCCUACUGCGCCCAGAACCCCUGGCACGGCAACGGCACAAUCCGCGAGGCCAUCGUCAGCGGCGCCUUCUUUGACGAAAAGUGGUACGAGCGAGUUGUGCGCGACUGUGCGCUCACUCGUGACCUCGAGGAACUGCCCAUGGGAGACUCAACGCGCAUCGGGAGCGGCGGGAUCGCACUCAGUGGCGGACAAAGUCAGCGAAUAGCACUGGCUCGCGCCAUCUACGCUCGUAGAGACAUUCUCAUUUUAGACGAUGUACUGAGCGGGCUCGACACGUCAACCGAGAACCAUGUCUUUGAAAAUCUUCUCGGCAACCACGGCAUACUUCGCGAACUGGGCACAACUGUGGUGCUGGUCUCGUCUUCGGCUAAACGUCUGCCAUACUCGGACCACAUUAUUUGUCUCGGAGCUGAUGGCAAGCUCAGCGGAGAAGGCAGCUUUGCUGACCUGAACAACGCUGGCGGCUUUGUUAACUCACUGUCCUUAUCCCGGACCGAGAAGGGCCAGGAGUCUAACGACGCUACCAGCAAAGUCCACCGUGGAUCCUUUAUCCAGAGGGACAAGCCCGUUGAAGGAGUCCUACUUUACUCCAAGGAAAAGCAAAAGAGAAGCUCCGAAACCUCGCGCUCGUCUAGUGAGACAUUGGGUGGUAGUCCUCAUGACGCCGAGGCCCAGAUGAGCCGACAGACAGGCGAUAUGCAGAUCUACCUGUACUAUGUCAAGUCGGUCGGCUUGUGGGCGAGUCUGAUCUUUGUAGUCGCAAUUGCCGGUUUCGUGUUCUGCAUCUCAUUUCCUAACGUCUGGGUGCAGUGGUGGGCAGCCGACAACGAAGCGCGCCCUAACAGCAGGCUGGACUACUGGCUGGGCGUGUACGCCGCGCUCGGAGGCGCUGCCAUCGUGUGCUUGUCGGUCAGUUGUUGGCAGAUAUUCAUUACCAUGGUGCCGCGGACGGGAGAAAGAUUCCAUCUCGCCAUGCUCAAGACGGUACUGAGCGCUCCGAUGACCUUCUUUGUCAACACCGACUCAGGGGUCACCAUAAAUCGCUUCAGCCAGGAUCUCCAGCUCAUCGACAUGGAGUUGCCCAUUGCCGCACUCAACACUUUUACGACGUUUAUCCUCUGCAUUGCGCAGAUGGCUCUUAUCGGCUACGGGUCAAUCUACGCGGCCGUCUCGUUCCCCAUCGUUCUCUUCAUCCUGUAUCUGAUCCAAAAGGUCUACCUCCGCACCUCAAGACAGCUACGGUUGAUGGAUCUCGAGACGAAAGCCCCCUUAUACGGACUCUUCGAGGAGUCACUCCGCGGCCUGGCUACUAUCCGCGCUCUCGGAUGGCAACAGACUUUCCAAGAGAAGAAUCAUGUCCUGUUGGACCGCUCUCAGCGUCCAUUCUACCUACUAUUUGCCGUCCAGCGCUGGCUUACACUUGUUCUGGACCUGCUCAUUGCCGGAGUGGCUGUGCUGCUCAUAAUCUUGGUCGUCGAGCUCCGCGGCACGGUCAGUGCAGGCGGUGUUGGACUCGCGCUGGUUGGGGUGAUCCAGUUCAGCCAGAAUGUCAAACUGCUCGUCACCUUCUGGACGACGCUCGAGACGCAUAUCGGCUCCGUCGCGCGCAUCAAGAAUUUCACCGAGACAACAAAGGCUGAGGACCAACCUGGGGAGAACUCCAUGCCUCCCGCGGACUGGCCAUCGGCAGGAGCCAUUGAGUUGAGAAAUCUGUCUGCUGCUUAUGGAACCACCGACAACCUUGUGCUCAAGGACGUGACACUCUCCAUCAAAGCCGGCGAGAAGAUUGGCAUCUGCGGACGAACCGGCAGCGGCAAGACGUCACUAAUCAUGAGCCUCUUCCGACUGGUCGAUGUACAAGGCGGGUCGAUCUCCGUCGACGGUCUGGACCUCGCAAGUCUCCCACGCGAACAAGUCCGGCGCCGCAUCGUCGGCGUGCCGCAGCAGGCAUUCCUCCUCAAGGGCUCUGUACGCCUCAACGCCGACCCCACCGGCGAGGCGUCCGACGAGGCAAUCUUGGAUGCCCUAGAGAGUGUGCAGCUUAGUGACCUGGUGGAGAAACACGGCGGGCUUGAUGCAGACAUUGACGCGCUGAACUUGUCCAGCGGGCAGCAGCAGCUCUUUUCCCUCGCUCGCGCCUUGUUGCGGCCGAGUAGUAUCCUCAUUCUAGACGAAGCCACCAGCAGCAUUGAUGUCAAGACGGAAGAGGUAAUGCAGCGGCUCAUCCGGAAACGAUUUGCCAACCGCACCAUCAUCGCCGUCGCACACAAACUUGACACCAUCAUGGACUUUGACAAGGUGGCUGUGUUGGAUGCGGGGAGGCUGGUUGAGUUUGACAGCCCAUAUGCCUUGCUUGAAAAGCCCCAGUCAGCCUUUUCGAAGUUAUACAAUGCCUCAGUGUCUAGCGACGUGGAUGCUUUCUAG